AUGCCAAACUAUCUAGUUGCAAACAAACAUGCCAAACUAUCAACAACAACAGUUCUAUGUCUACAAGCGACAGAAAUUCCUUUCAAAGCUCAAGACACUAACCGUGGAGAGAUGGAGAGGAGAAACACCGAGAGUCGAACCGCCGAGAGUCGAACCGCCGAGGAGAACCGCCGAGAGGAGAAGCGCCGAGACGAGAACCCACGAGAGAUCGAGAAGGACCGUGGGGAGAUCGAGAUAACCGGAGAACGCGAGGGAGAUGAGAGAUCGAGAGAGAAGAGAGAUCGCGAGCGCCGAGAGUCGAACCGCCGAGAGGAGAAGCGCCGAGACGAUAACCGUCGAGAGAUCUAG